AUGACGGUAUCAGACAGGAGCACCCUGAAUCGCCGCUCCUCUACACAACAUUACCAAACGUUCGAUACCCCGCCGCCGAAGUCGCGUGGUCGGCCUAAUUCUGGACGGUCGGAAUCGUCUGAGGAUGCACCACACGGCAACGGAAGUUAUGAUGAUACCUCUGGUCAUGAAAAUGUGAAGUCUCCUUUACCCAAGCGGCAAAUGGCAGUACUGGCGAUGAUUGCAUUGGCCGAGCAAACAGCCUUAAACUCCAUCAGUCCUUAUCUCCCAGACAUGGCGUCAACCUUCCCGGAAGUGGAGCCUAGCCAGGUUGGCGUUUAUGUCGGGACAAUCGCGUCCGCAUUCGCAUUGGCACAAUUCGCGACAAAUUAUUUCUGGGGCUCGUUGUCUGAUCGAAUUGGCCGAAAGCCGGUGAUACUCCUGGGUACUUUCUUGACUGCGUUAUGUUUCGUUGCCUUUGGGUUCUGCAGGACUCUCUGGCAAGCGAUUGCAGUGCAAGCACUUAUGGGUAUCGUCAAUGGCAACCAGGGUCUGGUUUCUACUUGUCUAGGUGAAAUUACCGACCGUAGCAACCAAUCGCAGGCUUUUACCUACCUGCCUGUUCUCUAUGGAAUUGGCGGUAUAACAGGACCUCUUCUGGGUGGAUUGCUAGUUCUCGAGCAGAACCCAUUCACUGGAAAGAAAAACCCUUACCCCUACCUCGCGCCAAACCUGGUCUCUGCCGUUAUUCUUAUCAUUGAUUUUGGGUUAACGGCCUACCUGUUGGAGGAGAGUCUAGAAGACGCGGAGGCGCUACCCAAAUUUAGUAAAAAGUUCCGCAGCCUUUUUACCUGGCUGUGGCAAUUUACUGGUCUCUCACGGCAUCCGACUUAUGUCCGACUCCCGCAACCCUCUCUGCACCGCAGCUCUACUGAAAAUGAAGACCACGACAGUGACCUGGAUUCCGCAUCAGAAGUGUCGAGCAAUAUUAUUAAUCACCCCGAAGAGCUGACUUGGGAUGAAAUUUUCACUCGUGAUACGAUCCUGUUGCUUUUGACAUAUCUAAUUUUUGCUCUAUGCAACGUGUCAUUCAAUUCGCUGUUUCCAAUCUUUGCACAAGCAAAGCCACCAGCAGGACGAAAGCUCACACCCUCCGAGAUCGGUCUUUCACAAGGAUUUGCCGGUAUUGUGACUAUAAUCUUUCAGAUCGGCAUCUUCAAUCGUCUUCGCGACAAGAUGGGCAACCGCUGGUCGUACCGAGCGGGUCUCUUUGGUUUCGUUAUUGCCUUUUUGCUUAUGCCAUUCAUCGGAUACAAGAGUAAGCCUGGCACAGGCUUGACUAGACAAUCAGCCCUGAUGGCCGUGGAGCUAUGCUUUGUUCUCCUGAUCAAGACCGUCGCAUCCGUGGGCGGAUUGACUAGUGCCCUAUUACUAGUCACAAACUCGGCCCCGAACCAUGCUGUCCUCGGUGCUCUCAACGGUCUUGCACAGACUCUCUCUGCCGCUGGUCGUUCUGUGGGUCCUUUCUUAUCCGGAGGACUCUUUUCUUUGACAUCGAAGAUCCAGCCCAAGGGUGAAGCCUUGGCAUUUGGUGUUUUUGGAGCUGUCUCUUUUAUUGGCUUUAUCAUGAGCUUUGGCAUCCGAGGUCGAUCUCUCGAAGCCGAGGGAUGGGCAAGUGACAGCGACGACGCAAACUACAAAUCUGAUGAUGAAGAGCAGAAUGGCGCUUAG